CUGUAGUUUUUUUUUGUCCUGUUGCUUGUAAUUAGUUUCUUAUUCUUAUUUAAUCACUGAGUGUUUACUUGUCUUCAGAAAAUCAUCAUCCAGUCUGUCUGGAAUGACAUGAAGAAACAAAACAAACAGACAGACUAAAUCCAGAAGAACUGUGGCAACGUCUCCAAGAUGCUACAAGAAACCUACCUGAAAAACUAUGUGCAAGUGCACCGAGGGCAAAAUCUGCUUUAAACGCAAAGGAUGGUCACACCAAAUGUUGAUUUAAUUUAGUUAAUAGAAGUUAAUUGAUAAAGAAAAUCUAUUUAUGACAUUAUUCUUGACAGCAUCCUCAUUUUACAGCAUUUUUACACAAGUGCCUAAAACAGUACUGUAGCUUUGCAGGCAAAAUUAAUGUUUGGAAAUGUAAACUGAUAUUUCCUACUGACACACUACAGCAAAAGAUAGAAAUAACUGACUUAAACCCAUUUUUUAGCUGCUGAAAAUACUAGUUCUAAUAAUUUGAUAUUUUAUUUUACAGCUUUUUCAGUGCCUUUUGUAAUAGUAUCGUUACAAUAUGUAAAAACCUAAACUUUGAAUGCAGUUAACUGCCAUUCUACUCAUUUUUAUUUCUACACUCCCACAUCUGUCCACUAGCUGGCGAAAGCGUCCAUCAAAACUGCCGUUCAAACAUGGCUGCGUCCAUUGCGCGGUCAUGCUGUCGAGUUCAUUCACGAGUCAUAUUCAGAAAAACAAAUUACUUAAAAACUUCAUUCCACUGUUCUUCAUCUAGCAGAAGCGGGCUGCUCUUAUCCCUGCAUAACCGAGGCCUCCUGAAGGAGUCGUUCCCGGAGCACGCGGCGCAAGCGGAACUCCCGGAUCUGCUCCGGUCCGCUCCGCAGACCGUCUACUGCGGCUUCGACCCGACCGCGGACAGCCUGCACGCCGGGAACCUGCUCGCCAUCAUCGGCCUGCUGCACUUCAGAGCCGCGGGGCACGACAUCAUCGCGCUGCUCGGCGGAGCCACGGCGCAGAUCGGGGAUCCGAGCGGGAGGUCUGCCGAGAGAGAGCGCCUCUCGCCGGCUGCGGUGGAGCAGAACUCCCGCGGUAUUCUGGAGAGCCUCCACCGGAUCUUCACCCACCACGAGCUGUACUUCUGCCCGGACUCGAGUAAGUUAGGCCGGCUCACGGUGCUCAAUAACCGCAGCUGGUACAAGGACUGGAGCGUGCUGGAGUUCCUCUCGGAGGUCGGCAGGAGUUUUCGGAUGGGAACGAUGCUCAGCCGCCACAGCGUUCAGUCUCGGCUUAAAGGCGCGGAGGGCAUGAGCUUCACCGAGUUCUCCUACCAGAUCUUCCAGGCGUUUGACUUCUACCGUCUGCAUCAGCUGCACGGCUGCAGGAUCCAGCUGGGCGGAACCGAUCAACUGGGAAACAUCAUGAGCGGACACGAGCUCAUCCACAGGUACCUGAAGCUCUUCACCUUCCUGUCUCUGGCUGAGGUGGAGAAGGUGAUGGAGCAGCAGAAGCAGGAUCCGGGCAAACGCAUCGCCCACAAACGCCUGGCCGCUGAAGUCACCAAGCUGGUCCACGGGAAAGAGGGCUUAGAAAGCGCCAAAAGGUGCACCAAUGCUCUGUACCACAGUAAUAUUGAGGCUCUGGAGCAGAUGAGUGACACUGAACUCCAGGAGCUUUUCCGAGAGGCUCCGUUCCACGAGUUUUUCCUGGAUCCAGGAACGACGGUGUUGGACGCCUGCAGGAGAGCGCAAGCCAUUCCUGAGGGACCACGUGGGUAUCAGAUGAUCAAGGACGGUGGAGUUUGGAUCAACCACCAGAGGGCAGCAAACCCCGAGCAAGUUCUGGUUCUGGGUCAGCACAUUCUCUCUAACGGACUCAGCCUGAUCCGAGUGGGAAAGAGGAACUUUUACAUCCUGAAGUGGCUUAGUAUGUGAAUCACCAACUUUGGAAAUACACAUUUUUGUUCCAUAGACAAACCGACCUCCAUCCCAGACUCUUCAGGAUUUGUAAAUACAUAUAAAAAUGCAUUUUUGCAUUCAAAACAAACUGCGCAUCACUGUGGAAAAUCCCAGCGCUCGCCAGCAGUGGUCAGUAGAGGUCUGUUUUGUUUCAGGACGGUAACCUGUGCUCUGUCUGCUUGAGUUUAUCAAAGACUUUGAAAUUAUAUGUUGAAUUGAAUUGUGCUGUUGAGAAACCCCAUGAGAAUGUCUGUGGAUUAUAUCAAAGACGUGAGAACAGAUUUUGUCUUGUUUGUGCCUGGUUUAUUUGGACAAAUUACACGGUUUGAUGUGUGAAUACGCUCCUGAUUUUAAAUCACACUGGAAAACUGGGUUCCGUUCAACUCUUUAAUUAAGCAUAUUAUGUGAAAUUGUAAUGUUUUUUUUUCCAGUUCGGCUUCUGAGGUGAAGCUCACAUGAGUGUGAAGCAGUAUACAUAAAUGAAACUAAAUAUGACUUAAUUUAUACAGUUGAAGUUCAAGUAAAGCGCAUUUUAAAAACAGUAAAUGUGUUGUACGAUCAAGAAAAUGAAAUAUAUACAAAAUUAAAUCAUUUUAGAAAGCUAAAUAAGAGUAUAAAUGUUUUCUUUUUUUACAGAAAUACUAGGAGUGGAAACCCAUUUCUGUCACAGAAAAAAACAAAAAAAGUUGCAACUUUUUAUCUCACAAUGUGGAGAGUGAUUCUCACAAUUCUGAGAAAAAAGUCAGAAUUGUGAUAUUAACUCUUUUUUUACUUUUUUCUUGCAAUUCUGAGUUCAUAUCUCGCAAUUCAGUUGUUUUUUUUCUCAGUUUCUCACAAUUCUGCCUUUUUUUUCUCAGAAUAUCUAGGAGUAGUCAGAAUUACAAGCUAUAAGCUUGCUGUCAUUAUAAGUUUUGUGAGGGGAAAAAACUUGCAAUUAAUUGCAAUUACCUUUUUUAUCUUUUAUUUCAUGGCGGAAACAAACCAAAAAAUAGAAUUGCGAGGGGAAAAAAGAGUUUAUACCUUGCAAUUCUGUGUUUAUAUCACACAAUUUUGAGAUUGGAGAAACGGAUUGAAAAUUGUGAGAGAAAAAGUGUUGUUUUUUUGUUUUUUUUCAGUGGUGGAAACGGGCUUAUUGCAAUAUUUGACCGGAACGAUAAAAAUGACGGUUAUUUUCGUCUGUAUUACUAUAUUUAACUGUAUGUUACUAUCCAUUACCAAUGUUUAUAGGAAAUCAACAUCAGUGUUUAUUAAUCAACACCUGCCAGCCAAUCAGAAUCGAGUAUUCAGUCAAACCAUGGCAUAUACAACCAUUAUUAAACAGCCUUUGAACAGCCUAAAAAAACCCUGUCAGAUGUUUAAGAAUUUAAGUUUAGGUAAAAAGCAUGUAAGUUUGUAUUGAGCUUUCUUAAACUGACAGACGUUUGGUGUGUUGACAGGAAAAGAGAUACUGGCAAACAGGCAUGUCAUCAUUAUAAGCCAUGCGUAAACAGUUGUCAGUUUAGAAAGCGUCGGUCUCAGUAGCUGAAGACACUUCUGAAAACUGCAGGUUUGUGACGCCCACAUGAACCCAUACAGACUCAAGUGAGUCGCAGUUCUUGUCAGGACUAUUGCGAGGUCUGAUCGGGGCAGUGCUGUUCCUGGAAAUGUUUUGGCAACUACAGCUUCUCACUUCUAGGAACUAAUUAAACUUAUAGUGAAUCUCUUGUUGUACUUCUACAUUUUGUGAUUUUAGUGUCUCAAGUUUAAACAUCAUCUUCAG